CCGACCUGGGGCCGGAUGUGAGGUCCGGUGUCGCGAAUCUCGUCCUGCUCUGCUGUGCAGGUCACCGUCGCCCACGGUGCUCGCCGGCCCCAGGGUGCCUGUCCGCGGUUUGGGGAGCGCCAUGGAGGCGCCGCCGCCCGCGCCCCGCAGCCUCCUGUGCCGGGCCUGGGGUCCCUUUCCCCGAGUCUUUGCUGCCGGCGCUGUGACUGUGGAUUCCCAAGUCUUUGCGGAGGAUCGGGAGGCGCACUCCCGCGUCUCCGAACCCGGUUCCCCGGAAUCCGGAUGGGACCGCCUCCGGCAGCUGUUUGCCAAAGAUGAACAAGAGAGAGUUCCAAAGGAAGUUGACUAUAUCUUCAGGGCAGCUGUUUCAGCAGGCAUCAUUGGCUGGGCGUAUGGAGGAAUACCUGCUUUUAUUUAUGCGAAAAAACGCUACAUUGAGCAGAGUCAGGGGGAGAUGUAUCAUAACCGCUUUGAUGCUGUGCAAAGUGCACACCGAGCUGCCACGAGGGGCUUCAUUCGGUAUGGCUGGCGUUGGAGUUGGAGAACUGCAGUCUUCGUGACCAUAUUCAACACAGUGAACACUGGACUAACAGUGUAUCGAAAUAAAAACUCCUUGAGCCAUUUUGUCAUUGCUGGAGCUGUCACCGGAGGUCUUUUCAGAGUAAACUUGGGUAUUCGAGGCCUGGUGGCUGGUGGUAUAAUUGGAGCUUUGUUAGGCACGCCCAUGGGAAGCCUGAUGAUGGCACUGCAGGCUUACUGUGAUGAGACAGUCCAGGAGAGGAGGCAGAAGGACCAGAAGGCAUUCCAUGAGCAGAAACUGGAAGAGUGGAGAAGAAAACUGCAAUUCACUGAACUCUUCCCUGAGGAAAUUGAAAGUGGCUUAGAGAAGAUUCGGCCUGAGGAAGAUGCUCAGAGAAUCCAGGAGCUGCUGGACCUCCCGCGGAACCCUCCAUCACCAGAUCAACAAGACAAAGACUGAAGAUGAGGGGCUCUGUGUGUCUAGGAAUGCCCGUGCCAGGCUGCUUCUCACCCUGACAAAUGCAGGUGCUGGCACCUGUGGUUGCAGUGACUUGUUUCUUAUCUUCUCUCUCCACAGGAAGAAUUAGCCCAUCAAAGCUGGUGCCACACACUAAUCCCAGCUGCUUGGGAGGCUGAGAAAGAUGAUGUGCGGUUAGUGCGAGCUACAUAAUGAGACCCUGUUUCAAAAAUACGUACCCACAAAAACCACAACAGAACCAAGAAAUAACCCAUAGAAUUGGGUUGCAUUUUCUUAUCUAUACUGAUCAUUGAUCCAUCUGAAUACUUAAUAUUUCUCUAUCUUGCUAGAUUUUAUGCAAGUAAAGUACUUCCCAAAAGAAUAAAACUGGAUUGUCUGGAUUACCUAUUCUCUCCCCAGUCUUUUAAGAAUGUUCUCUUGGAGUGACUGAAAAGAGAAGGAACUAGGUAAAAAGAAAUGGCCUGUGAAAUCACCUUCCUUUGGGCCUUAAAACAGUGUGGGCCUCAAUGCAUUUAGUUUCACUUUAAUAGGAAUAAAAGGUGAUUCUUGUGCCAUUUGAAUGUGAUUUAAUAAAAUGGAAGCAGGCGGACAUUGUCCAACUUUGUUUCCUCUCCCCAUUGCUGAAGGAGCAUCUGUGUUCAGUGUACAGAAGAUGCCAGAGGAGAUGCGCCAGCCCUACACCAAGGAGAAGCCGAUGGGGAGGAAACAAAAGACUGAACUAUGCGGGCAGCACUUCUCUAGUCUUUGGUUUUGCUUUCUUUAGCUUUAGUUGCUUGCAGUUAGCUUUGGUCUGGAAAUAUUAAAUGGAAGAUUCCAGGAGGACUAAGUUUCCAAGUUUUAAAUGUUGUGCCUUUCUAGGUUGGAUGAUGAAAUCUCACCCCACUCUCGUGAGAUAGCACAUACUCCUUUGCCUUGCAUUCCCCACUCUGUCUGUCCAUCUGUCACUUGAUCUUGGUUAUCAAAUUGAGUCCAUGGAAUGACAGUGCCUGUGUUAAAACAGUGGCUCCAGGGUGCAUGGGUAGCGCUGCUGACAGCUCACAUGCACUAAGACAGGCUCUCAGUGUGCCCUUUGAGGGAAAGUGAGCAUCACUGCCGUGUUGAGGACCCUGCACUGUGUACAGCUUCAGGCGUCCACUGUGGUCCUGGAAUACAUCCUGUGGAUCGAACGGAGGGAAGGAACUGCUAGCAUUCUCUCGGUGAGUUGGUUCUACUCUGAAGCAAGGUCUGUAACAACAGCAUAGCACAGUGCUAAAGCUGAAGCCUCUAGGGACAAACCACUCACUGUCCAUGUCAGCCAGGAGCGCAGCAACUGUGUGACUUAGAGCAAAAGCAUUUGAUAACCCUGGAGUCUCGCACAUACUAGGCAAGCAGCUUCUGAGUUAGAGCCUCAGCCCCAUUGGACUUUGAGGCUCAGAUUUUUCACUAAGUAUGGUAGUAUAUGUUUGAAAGUAGAUAUUGAAUGAGAUUAUUUGAGUGUGAUAGUAUUAAGUAUAUAUUUGCAUUUCGUCCUUGACACCCAGCUUCCUGAAUCCUGGAAACCAGAAGUGAUAAUAUCUUUGUACGUGUUGCAGAGUCGCACAAAGGCUGGUGGCCUCUCGGGGAUGAGGACCGGGUCAUCUACGAGUUCUUAGCCGAGUAGAGAACAGGCGCUUCCUGUUCCGGCUCACAACCUCUGCUUAGGGAGAUGAGCUGAGAAAUGUAAUAACUGUGCCUGUGAGGCUUCCCUGACUGCCCAGCUGGACAGUGGCGGUUCCCAGAGGCGGGCCUGUAGGGAAGGUGCAGAAGCUCCUCACUUCCCCAUGCUUUGCCCAAGGCAUGUUCCAGUUAGGUGUUUCCUGCAGCCUGAGAUUUGCUCAUCAAGCAAAUUCAUCACACGAGGAGGGCCUUGGAGACAGUGGAACUGUUGUCCAUCCAAAAGUAAUGGCUUCCUGGCUGGCUGGGAGAAACUCCCACAGCUUUGGUGGCCACAGAAGUCUUUUGUUUUGGUAAACGUAUAAGGAGGAGGGAUGCGUAUGUGCGUGAACUU